GUGACCAGUGUAUGAGACUUGGUGGCCGUCCUCUUUUCUCUCUCUUUCCAACCUCCUGGCAUCGCCACGAAACUUUGAGCGCCUCGUCAGAGGCCGCAGAUCGUCAUCAUGUUGAUCCCCAAGAAGAACCGCACUGAGGUGUACAAGUUCCUCUUCUCCGAGGGGGUCUUGUAUGCCAAGAAGGACUUUGAGGCACCCAAGCACCCGGAGAUUGAUGUGCCCAACCUGCAGGUUAUCAAGCUUAUGCAGAGCUUCAAGUCGAAGGAGUAUGUGAAGGAGAGCUUUGCAUGGAGGCACUACUACUGGUACCUGACUGAGGAGGGCAUCACCUACCUGCGCGAGUACCUGAACCUGCCCUCGGAGAUCGUCCCCGCCACCAUGAAGAAGUCCGCCAGGCCGGCCCAGAGGCCUCUUGCCGGCGGCGACCGCCCGCCCCGCCCCCCGAGAAUGGAGGGUGACCGGCCCCGGUUUGGUGGUGACCGUGAGGGUUACCGGUCCGGUGCCCCCCGUCCCGGCUACGGAGACAAGGGCGGCGCUCCUGGCGAGUUCCGGCCAGAGUUCCGUGAGGGAGAGGGCGGCGAGAGCCGUGGCUUCGGACGUGGCGGCGGCCGGUUCGGCGGCCCCCCCCGUGGCGGUGCCCCCGGCGCCCCUGCUGAGUAGACGUUUGUACCAUACCCGCGCCGCUAGCAUAACCGAGUAUGCAAAGCGUCGUCUGAGAAGGGGGUUUUGGAUAACCGUUCGUCGAGCAGAGGCGAUUGUGCGGAAAGGAGGUGGGUGGAUGGGCACACAGCGGGGCGCCCGCCGGCCUGGGCGGGCCGGGGCGGGACCGCUGGCAAUCAGGAGGUUGGACAAAUUCUGAAUGCCGUCAUCUUCUAGAGCGAACAAGCAAUCCGUUCCCUCGUCAAUCUGUGUGCGCAAGCGAUUUGAGGCCCGUCAUAUGCACUCGCAAUGCAAGCCAUGGUGCGGGGUUCCGCCGGUUCAAUUUGCUAUGCGGGGAUCACAGUGGAUUUGGGGUGGAUUUUCGUGGAUGAUUGAUGUCACAGGGCCGCAGAUGGUGCGCUGUUCCAGUACCGUACUGGAAUGGCAG